AGUCCGUGAAGUAGACACAAACUUCGUCAACAAACCGCCAGUGAGCCGAUUUUGAACCCAGACUUCUGACUCCUCAUUUGGACCGCCGGUUAUCGCUUUUUCGGAACAAAAUUGGGUCGAAACAACCACUUACAGAGUGGAAGCGGAGCUAAGCAAUGCCGUUCCUCCACGGAAAAGCCUUUAUCCGACAGAGACCUCCAGCGGACCUUAGGCCGGAUGAAGAAGUGUUUCUCUGUAAAAUCACGCAUGAGAUCUUCAGAAGCUACGACGAAUUCUUUGAGAGGACCAUCUUGUGCAACAGUUUAGUGUGGAGUUGUGGGUUGACGGGACGAGCGGGGCUCACCUACCUGGAGGCGGUGGAGAGCGAACGGCGGGCGAAGGAGAGUUUGCAGAGCUUCCCCCUGACCCUGGUGGUGCCGCUGCUCCACUUGGCUGCUCUGAGUCACCGCUGCCGGCUUUCGGAGCUCUGUGAGGAUGUCUACGGCUUUGUGAAAGACCGCUUCUUUCCUGGAGAGACGGUGCAUGUUGACGGGCGCAAUGGAUCCAGACAUACCUGUGAGAUCCUACAGGUGCACUCACCUUAUUCAAGUGCUAAUGGAGCCCCUGCCUCUAAUGGCCACAGCAAACCAGCUGACAGUGACACUAUCAUCAUCAGUGACAGUGACAGCGAGUCAGAUGCCUUCCAGGGUUCCCCAGCACACGUCAACGGUAAGAAGAAGAAGCUGAGCCCAUCAAUGUUUCAGUACACCGUUAGGAGGAUCAAUGAGGAACACAGCCAGGCGCUGACUGUGAGAGCCAAUCAGAUUAGUCGAAGAAAAUCUGCUCUGUCCAAGGAGAGGCUGAAGCUGCUCUUCAAACAGCACUGUGAGCCUCAGAAGGGUAUAAUAAAGCUGAAGCCUUCCACUGUGAAGAAGUACCGGCUGACUGAACAGAACUUUUCCCAGUUUUUUCCCGAUGAGCCACCUGUGUUUCCCUUCAGCUCUGCCCUUGCUCAGGCAAGUCUGCUGUCACCAAAUGCACGAGAGAAGCUGAAGCUGCUGCAGAAGAGGGAGGAGAUGGCAACUCAGGACAAGGCUCGACUGAAGAAGGAAAAGGAGGAGGCGCUGGAGGCCAAGAGGAGGGAGCGGGAGGACAAGGACAAGUUGAGAGAGGAGCAGAGACGGAGGUUUGAGGAGGAGAGGGAGAGGAAGAAGCAGGAGAAGGAGCUCAGGAAGCUGGAGAAGGAGAAGGAGCGAGAGAAGCUGAAGGAAGAGAAGAGAAAAUAUGCUGAAAACCUGAAGCUGAGGAACAAGCCCAGAGAGGACAUGGAGUGUGAAGACCUGAAGGAACUUCCCACUCCGGUUCCUGUGAGAACCCGUCUUCCUGCAGAGCUCUUCGGAGAAGCUCUGGUGGUGAUGGAGUUUCUUCAUGCUUUUGGUGAUCCCUUUGAGCUCAGGGAUGAGUUUCCUGAUGGCGUCACUCUGGAGGUCCUGGAGGAGGCUCUUGUAGGUUCUGAUCCCGAGGGUCCACUAUGUGAGCUGCUGUUCUUCUUUCUGACUGCAAUCUUUCAGGUUCUGGAUGAGGAGCAGGAGGAAGUGGCCAAAGAUCAGGCUGAAGACUUGCGAGAGGCUCUGGACGACUACUCGGAUCCUACCCAGUCAGCUCUGAGCGCUGUGGCCUCACUGGCUGCUGCCUGGCCUCAGCUGCAUCAGGGUUCCAGUCUGAAGCAACUGGACCUGGACAGCUGCACACUCUCAGAAAUUCUGCGCCUGCACAUCCUGGGUUCUGGUGCUUAUUGUAACCAUGGCAACGCCAAGUUUCGCUACCAGAAGCAGGGAGCCUUUACACUGAUGGACGAUCCCUGUGUAAACCUGCAGUUUUCUGAGCCUGCUCUCCUGAAGAAGCUGUCAUGCACACCGGUGUAUGACCUCAGCCCAGAAGAAAAGCUGAAGAUCCUCCUGGCGUUGCUGGGAAAACUGUUAACAUUAGCUCCUAGCAGAGAUCUGAUUGAAGACUCACUGGAGGAACAGAAAGCAGCAAGACAGGAGCUGAGGGAGGUCAGAGCAGAACAACAUCGCAGAGACCGGGAGGAGGCCGCACACAGGAUUCGUCUUCGGAAGGAGGAGAAGUUGAGGGAGCAGGAGCAGCGGAUGAGGGACAAAUUAAAGGAGCAGGAGGAAAAGGAGAUCCACAUAAAUGGUGGAACACCUGCAGAACGUCCUUCUGAGAAAACUGAAGAAAACUCAUCAUUUAGAAAGACAAUGGAAGGUAAUCAGAAAGAAAAAUGUAUGAAUUCUGACAUCAAAAACCUGUCGGGCCCUCCUCCCAGCCUGGGUCCAGAGGAGCUGGAGAAGGAGCAGGAGAAGGUUCGAGAGUUGCAGGAGCGCAUUCAGAAAGCAGCAGCCUGUACCAGCCUGCUGCCUUUGGGUCGAGACCGAAUGUACCGGAGAUACUGGAUCCUGCCAUCUGCCUCUGCACUGUUUGUGGAAGAGGACUUUUUCGGCCUGACAGAGGACAUGCUGAAACCGUGUCUAAAACUCGCAAAGGAUGCUGUCAUUAUCAUUGAUGAUGAUGAUGAUGAUGAUGAUGAGGAGGAAGGAUUUAAGAAUGAACCUUCUGGUGAAAGCACUGGAUCAAGCCCGGCUCAGCUUUGCAGAAGUGUCCCGGUUGAACAGCCCAACCAGUGGUUCUUCUACAGCUCAGUGGAUGAACUGGAUCAGUUGAUUGAGGCCUUGAACCCUCGGGGCCACAGAGAAAGCAGUCUGAGGGAGGCCUUACUGCAGGACAGGGACAGGCUCCAGCAAAUGCUGCAGAACUGUGACUCAAAAAAGUACAGGUUCUCAGAUGAUUCUACGUUUGAACAAACGGUCCCACAAUCCGCUGUCACUGCUGACACUCUGAUGGAAGUUAGACUGAAGGACCUGCUUCUUGACAUGGAGGACCGAAUCCACCAGGGAUCCCUGGGAACACUCAAAGUGAUGGAUAGACAGGUGUGGCGCUCAGCUCUGGAAGCAGGAAACUAUCAGCUGCUCUGCUUUGAUGACAAAGAUGGUGUCAGGAUGAAAAACCAGGCGGAGGCCGUGGAAGUGGAAUCUUCCCGGCUACGAGACAGGCUACAGGAGCUGAAGUCUACCUCUGGGAUCAGUGGCAGUGGAACUCCUCAGGUUGUCAGCACCUCAGUACAAAUCCUGGCUCAGGCCCUUAGUCACAUUGAGCAAGGCAUUGACAGGCGCUUCCUCAAACCUCCACUUGGUGAUGAAGACUCAAAGAAGGAUCAGAAGAUCAAGAAAAACAAAAAGAAAGAAGAUGACCAGGCUAGUGAUGAUGGUGGUAGUGACAGCGGUCGGGUCAUAAAAACUGUGUUGGAGCGAUGGAGGGAGUCUCUGCAGUCCUGCUCCAGUCUGUCCCAGGUCUUUGUUCACCUGUCCAGCCUGGAACGAAGCAUCCUCUGGUCUCGUUCAAUCCUCAACGCCCGCUGUCGGAUCUGCAGGCGCAAAGGAGAUGCAGACAACAUGCUGCUGUGUGACGGCUGUGAGCGAGGACACCACACCCACUGCCUAAGGCCCCAGCUAAAGGCUGUUCCAGAUGGUGACUGGUUCUGUCCAGACUGUCGGCCCAAGCAGAGAUCCAGCCGCAUUCCAUCCCGACAGCGAUCCUCCAUCGAUGAAGACGAGGGUGAAGAUACUGAUGAGGAGGAAGAGUCUGAGGUGGAUGCGGAAUCAGAAGAGGAGGAAGAAGAGGAGGAGGAGGAGGAAGAAGAGUCUGUUGUGAACACCAAGAAGAGCCAGGCUCAACCCCCCAAGAGCAAGACAUCAUCUAAAGGGCAGCAUGCCCGGGUUAGCAAUAGCACAGCCACAUCAGGGAAGAACACCUCAUCUUCCAGAUCCUCGGGGAAGAAAGCCUCGCCUCCAACAUCAAAGUCAAACACCAUCGCCCACGGCAAAGCGCCGUCUCGCUCAGGGAGUCGCAGCAAUGCCCGUCUGAGUCACGAGAUUCUGGCACCGAAGAGCAACGCAAAAACCUCAACGACGCAAAAACCUGGUUCAGGAGAGUCUAACAAGAGACAGUCAGCAGAUUCUGCUCUUCCAAACCCGUCCAGGAUCAUCUACUCACCGUCUUCAUCCUCCUCCUCCAGCCGUCGUUCCUCUCGCAGGAGCCAGGGCGUUCAUGAGCUUUCAGCCUGUGAGCUGCUGACUGUUGAUCUGGUCAGACACGAAGACAGCUGGCCCUUCAUGAAGCUGGUGUCCAGGACUCAGGUUCCUGAUUACUACGACAUCAUCAAGAAGCCCAUCGCUCUGAGCACCAUCAGAGAGAAGAUCAACAACUGUGAAUAUCAGACUGCAGGUGAAUACAUCUCCGAUGUGGAGUUGAUGUUCUUCAACUGUCUCCAGUAUAAUCAACGUCACACUAAUGAGGCAAAGGCUGGACAUCGCUUGCAGCAGUUCUUCCACUCAGAGCUCGGCCGACUUGGCCUAUUAGAAUGUGGCGCCACCCCUCCUGCCAAACGCUCCCGACAGUGACCUCACGUUGACCUCACUACUGUUCAUCUGCUGCUGAUGUUGGACUUUGUUCUGCCAGCGUUAUCGCAUUGAUCCAUCCUCACAAACGUUUGUUUUCUCUGAACACAUUUCAGACUAAACCCCUUAAAGAAAAUGUGUUUAGUGUGAGAAAACACAAAGCUAGAGGGAAGCGAUUUGUUAGUUAAUGAAGUAAAUGUUCAGAUAAAUGUUCUUUCUCUAGCCUCAGGGGUUUGUAGUUUUUGUUUGGUUCAUGUUUUUUCUACUAAAACUGUUGUUGAUGUCUUCACUGGUUUUUAUUUCGCUGAAUUCCUGCUUCCUAGAGCGUGCGUGCGUGCGUGCGUGCGUGUGUGUGUGUGUGUGUGUGUGUGUGUGUGUGUGUUUUCUGGAUGGAUUAGCUGUAGACACUACACUGGACCUGCUGCAGCCCUCCCCACUCCCUUUGAUUUCCCUUUUGUAUUUAUUUUGUAGAAGCCUGUUUUUAUUUAUGAUUGCUAGCUUUGUGUUAAAAUAAAUGUUUUCUAAAUA